GGCGGGCACGGCGGGCACGGCACGCUGCGGAGCAGGUGGCUGCCCUGGCCCUGCCGUGCAGACAGGUGCCCGCGGCGCGCGGGUUUUCGCCGGACGGGGGCUUUUCCUGCGGGGCGUGCCUCAGGCCGAGGACGGGCUGCGUUGCCAGGGCAGAGCCCGAGGGACGGUGGUCGCUCUCCAAGGGCUCAAGGGCUUGAGGAAGAACGGGAGCCCCUGAGCCCGCAGAGGCGCGGGCAGCCCUUCUGGACAGCGCCGGCCCACACCGCGGGGAAGGUGGGGAACGACGGGGAGCUGCCGCUCGGGCAGCCCCAGGGGCUGGGGCCUAUUGCUCCGCUCCCCUCUGCAGCGGGGUGCGGAGCCCGCCUUCGGCCACGCUGUCCUCCCCGAGCCGCACACGCAGCCCUCAGCCUGUCGCUCCGACGCGUCGCCUGUCGUGUGCGCUCGCCUGGGCAGGCGCAGCCCUCACGCGAUACGUCCCCACCGCGCUCCCCAGCAACACAGCCCCAGCAGGUCGCGGCAGCCCGACCCUCCUCCUGCCUCCUCCCUCUGGGUAGGGCUGACCCGUGUAGGCAGGGGUGCGAGACAGAGAUGCUGUGCCUGGGCCAGUGCCGGGCAGUUGGAGCUCCCCUGAGACCUUAAGAAGGGAUCACAGGUUGCAGCUCACCAACAAACCUUACAGCAACCUCUGGCAAGGAUGCCUGAGGGUCCCCCAGGUAGGGCAGGCUUUAGCACAUGUACCUGCUUCAUGCCAGCUAGAGACAGUGCUGGGACACAGGUUGAUGUGGACACUUGCCAGGUGUCCAGGCUUGGUGGAGGUGGGCACCAUCUUCCCAUCCACACGGGCUCAGUGGAAGGCAAGGUGUGUCCAGGGAUGGAAAUUGCACACAAAGGGUUAAAAGUACCAUUGUGCAGGCUUGGGAAGUGGAAGCCUGAGAGAUCAGCAUGAGGAGCAGCCCUGGGAGGAAGCCUUGUGGAGGCAAGGUGGUCCUGAAAUCAUGGGAUCAAGCAGAAAAACAGCUUCAAAACAGCCUCAGCAGUGCCACAGUGCCCAGAGUGAGAGAAUUGCUUCAUCAACCAUGAAAUUGUUGACUUAGACGCAGCAGGGAGAGAGAGAUUGAAGACCCAGACAAGACAGCCAUACUCCUGUUCCUGCACCAAGACAGGGACAUCUGCUUGGUGGCCAUGGCGGGCUGGGCCCUGUACGCGGCGCUGGUGCUGGCAGCUCUGUCGGGGGCGCUGGGCGAGAGCCGCUACGAGAAGUUCCUGCGGCAGCACGUGGACUACCCGCGGACGCCGGUGCUCGCCGCGCACCGCUACUGCGAGAACAUGCUGGCGCGGCGCGGGGUGACGGCGCCGGGGCGGCCCUGCAAGCCCUCCAACACGUUCGUGCACGCGUCGCCGGAGGAGCUGUCGGGGGCGUGCUCGGCGGCGGCGGACGCGGCGGGGCUGCACAGCACGGCGGCGGCGCUGCCGCUCACGGCCUGCCGCCUGCGCGGCGGCGACACGCGCCAGCCCUGCGCCUACCGCGCGCGCCAGCUGCAGCACCACGUGCGCGUGGCCUGCCGCGACGGGCUGCCCGUGCACCUCGCGGGCACGCGCCCGCCCGCGCCCUGACGCGCCGCCGCGCCGCCAAUAAAGGAGGUGCCACAGG